AUGGAAGCCCACCCGCUCGACUCUCCUCCUCAUUCCUCAAACUCACUCACCGAGAAUAAUGCAAAACAGGGACAAAGACCCUCUUCUUCCCACAUCAGCUCCAUCUACUCACUUCGCAAGAAGAUGAAUGCCAUGGCACCGAAGCGUCCAUGCGAGAAGAUGCCCAUAGCGCCGCUGCCACCGGUCCCGAAGCGGGUGUACACGGUGGACUACGCUGACUUCAAGGCCGUCGUCCAGAAGCUGACCGGUGCACCCACAACAGUGGCGGCACUGGCACUGGCACCGGCACCGGCCUCUCUCUGCAUGCUUCCUGAUGCCGGCCGCCGUCUUGCCGCGGGGGCCACCAUUACAAUUGAUGAAGAUGACGACGUGAGCUGGCCUUUUUCUGCUGGGAAUCCGGGUUUGAAGUCCAAAGUAUGGAUGGAUCAUGCAAGUGAAGAUUCUCAAGAAGCAUCGACAGGUCAGAGCUCCGUGACGGCUGAUAGCGAUCCGUUUGGGUUGAGCGCUGUGGCUUCUAGUCAGGGUUGGUGUUCGGCUGAUUACCAGGUUCUGAGUCCUGGGACCAUGGCGAUUUUGGAGCCAAUCAACUCAAUCCUCUACGAUUAG